GACUGCGGUCUAUGAACUGCUCUCAUCUAAACUCCAGCAGUGGAAAUGCGUUGGAUACCCACGAACUCUUCAUAUUCGCUUCCAUGAAGCCCUUUAUGUCCUUUAUAUGCUACUUUAUGUCCGUAGUUGCGGAAAUGUCGGUCAAAACUGAAGUUUUGGGGGGGAAAAAUCCACUUCUCGAAUUAUACAGGAAAGGUAUGUUCCGUUUGCAGAGUAUAUCACAGAAGCGGGGCCUCUCUGCAAAUUUGUCCGGUCUGUCUCUGGUCAGCUGUGAACCACCAUCUGCUGCACUGCUCUGGAAAUGGGUGUCCCGGCAUCAUCUCUUCAAUCUGGGCACCUGCAGAUACCUAGGGAUCAACGUGACCAACUUUCCUGACAUGGGCAUCUUUGAUUGUGAUGUUUCUUUCCCUAUCAUAUGGUGGUGCUGUGGGGGGAGUAUGUUGUAUGGAGCUGGAGUGGUGAAUAAUAAGCUGGCAGUGGUGGACUCCAGGGUAGUGUUGAAGAGAGCAACUUUGCAUAAGUGGAGGAUUUAUAGCGGCGCCGGUGAAGGCCCCUGUGCUUACCCAUACAAAGUGACAGGCUGUGAAUUCUGGGAGAGUCAUCCUGAGCUAAAUGCUUGUUACCAGUUUAACUUGUACUCAGUUCUCACCUGGAGCCAAGCUCUUACUUCCUGUCAGUCACAGGUUGCGAGCCUGCUCUCCAUCACACAGUCCAAUGAACAGAUCUAUAUCAGAGAAAGGCUUUCAGAUAUGGGUGUGAUGGUCUGGAUUGGAUUAAACCAUCUCAGUCAGCAUGGCGGGUGGCAGUGGUCUGAUGGAUCUCCUUUGGCUCUUGUCAGUUUUACCUCAGAUCUGACCUCCACACCGAUGCAGCAGAACCAGCAGUGUGGGGUGUUUGACUCUACUCAGGGUUCCUGGCAGAGUCUGUCCUGUGAGUCAGCUUUAUCCUACAUCUGCAAGAAAACCAACAGCUAUUGCCGGGAAGCAGAGCCGCUUGUAUGGGAUUUGUGUGGGGUGUGGAGAGCAGUCUGCCUGGAGGGUGGAGCAGCCGUCAGCGAGGGGUUGGAGGAGGAAAGACAGCUGGAUAAGAUCACAGAUCAGGAGCAGACAUUUGAAGAUGUAGUGAAAGGAUAUUAUUGCAAAGCUCCACUUGUUACUAUAGAGAGCAGGUUUGAGCAGGCCUUUGUUAACAGUCUGAUUAGUGUAAUGGGUGGAUCUGAUUCCCGCUCCUACUGGACAGCUCUGCAGGACAGGAAUCGAACCGGAGAGUAUCACUGGCUGAUCCAGAAUGGCUCCUUCAUACCCCUCACCUACACCAACUGGAAUCAACACCAGCCAGUUAGUGGAGGGGGCUGUGUGUUGAUGUCUGGGGGUCAGGCUCUGGGUCACUGGGAGGUGAAACAUUUCCACACCUACAAGGCCCUGGCUGUGUGCACACAGGAAGUGAGCAGUAACCAUGAUGCUCUAAGGCCUUUGCCACACAUAAAUACAAGUGCAUCAUGCCCAACAGGAUGGGAAAGCCGCAAAGACCUGCCAGACUGUUAAGGUGUAUCACAGUGAGAAGAUCCUGAUGCAACGCACCUGGACGGAGGCUCAGUUCUUCUGCUGGGCUUUGGGUGCUGACCUAGCCAGUUUCCAUCACUAUGAGGAUCAGGCUUUUGUCAAACAGCUCCUCUCCACCAUGUUCUAAAGUUGGACUGAUGGAUCAGCUUUGGAUUACGAGAACUGGGAAAAUGGGCGAGUUUACCAAAAGCCUGGCCACAAUUGCAUACAGAUGUCCUCUGUGACCGGAGAGUGGAAGGCAGGAAGCUGUACAGAUCUCCAUGGUUACGUGUGUAAGCGCAGGGCAGUGGCUGUAGUGGAGGUCCCACGUGAGCCUCAUUAUAUCGGCAGCUGCCCAGAGAACUGGUUCUACUAUGGACACGAGGUUUGGACAUGCACACAGAAGCUUUGUCUCUGCUUUUAUACUCUCUUUUUUGCGUAUACACAUUAUCUUCAUGCUAUGAAAUGUGUCUAAUAUGCAGUACCUGGAGAGAGCUAUCUGUUUGCAUUGCCAUUCAUCACAAUGGCAUGGCUCAUUUGCUAAAAAGGAUAUAGCUGCAGGCAGAGCUCCAAAAAGGGGCGGUAGCUCCAAACCGCCACAUAGAUAUACAGAGCCCCUAACCUAACCCUUUGCCUAACCCUAACCGUGUGUGGAAGUGACGCCCCCUUUUGGAAUUGGCGCAACCCCCUUUUGGAGUAACCCUGCUCCGUUUUGGAGAUUCCGCCCCCCUUUGGAGAUUUCCAAUCUGUAGCUAUACCUACUUGCAUUUGCUGAUGCAUGGCAUGUGUAGUUAUGGCUUCUGCCAGUAGGGGCUGUCUCCCAAAGGUAAACAUCUUGCUGAGGAAGUUAAAAUGUGGACAUGUUAAUAGCCAGCUACCGAUUUAAUUGCACAUACAUUUGCAGGUAACUCUAUCGCUCCCUUGAGUACUGAUGUUUGCUACCAUCAUAGUAACACAAGAGUAUGUGGCCUUACAGUGUCUCAAAAAUUGACAGGUUAUACGUUGGACGUGCAAAAGUUUUUGUGUUUUAUUGGUUCUCAUUGAGAUUUACUCAUUUUU